AUGCCCUCAUCGGCAAUGCGAUCGCAUAGCGCAGCUCACAACGAGCCAGCCGCGACAGUCGCGGCCAUGGUGACUGGCUCCCAUCUUUUAACACCAUCGCCCUCAACCUCAACUUACAGCACCAGCGGCGACAACCCAGGACCGUCAUCGAAACGACGUCGCAUCAACUUCGCCUGUGAUUAUUGUCGCUCGCGUAAAACUCGCUGCGAUGAGGGCCAGCCGUCGUGCUAUGCUUGCUCAGCCGCCGGAAUUCAAUGCGUCACCAGAAACCGCCGUCAACCAUGGCUUGAUGUUCGGCGGCAUGAAGCUGGUAAAUCGCAGCAUCGUAGUGAGGUAGAAGAGGCGGCGAGACAAGAUCGAGUUGAUUCCAAUUCAAUUUCGAGAGGUGUAGUCGCGUCAUCAACAUUACCAACUCAUGAAAAUAGGAGAAGUGCAUCCGCUUCUCGCCGAAGUCGGCGACAACAAGAUCAUGAAAAUGAGAGAAUGACUGCUAAAGAAAAUACUACUUCAUCUAGUACCCAGGGUCCGCUACAAGCAGAGAGUAACGCCGCCAGUAUCUCGAAUCCGCCUUGCAGCGAUCCCGGACGUCAAGCUCAAGGUACAUCAACCCACCGCUCUAGUAUCACACAGGGUGAUGAUGAUAGACCUGAGCUCAGAUCUCGUUUGCCUAUCAUACACGCUGACUCCGGGAACACGUCUCUCGACUUCAUGACCAGCUGGCUAGAUCUCGCACGUCAUCGUCUCCGGAUCCCUCGAUCAGGUCCUCGUCAAGCAGAACAGUCCGACAGCGACCCAGCUAAUGACAGCGGGGCUACACAAGAAGACUCGGUCUUGCCAGGUUUUCUGGGAACUUGGGAUUUCCCAGAACAGGAAGCAUCAUCAACCUUGGUUGACUGGUUUCUCGAGGGCCCAAACAUCGUAUUUCCUGUCCUCCAGCCAGACAAAAUCAGACAUGCAGCUCAUAUGGCAUACGCAAAUGGUCCCAAGUCUUUCACACGACAGUACGGGCUCGCAGUGCUAAUGCAAGUGUAUCUCGUCAUGAUACUCGGUCAUAGCUCAAAGCCUAACCGAGAUCUUGGCUUCGAUGCUGAGGGGUGUCUAGAGUACUCGCAGAGCCUUCUUGGCUUGAUAAUACAGCAAAGCACGGUUGAUGCCCUUCGAUCUGUUACUUUAUUGUCCAUGGCGCUACGGUGUCAUGAGAAUCUGGCUGCAGCGGGACAUACAAUGAGCCUAGCUGUUUCCAUGGCUGUCUCGCUAGGCUUGCCGAAACAAUCACCUCACUUGCCGCCUGGGGAAGAAAGACGGAAUGUAUGGAUGAGUGUGUUCUCAUUUGAGAAAUUUCUCUCUUUUGAACUCGGCAGAGCGUCACUCAUUGUAGAUGAUUAUCCGGACUUGCUACCUGGCUCCAGUCUACUAAGGGACAGGGAGCAUGGAAUGGAAAAUAGUGAUUCGACAAAUCAGUCGCAGCAGCGGCUACAGCAUCCCAUCUGCGAUAUCGUUCUGAGUCUGGCUAUGAUACUAAGCGAUGUGGGCAGACUAUGCGUCCAGGUUAGCCGGAAGGAGGACGACAAAAAUGAUGAAAAUGUUACAGAACUAAUAAGGGAAAAGGUCCGGACAAUAGGUCUGUCCUGUGUGAAGUUGAUGAGUUGGGCAUCGGAUGUCUGCCCGUCUUCUUACAGCCCGAUUAUGGAUAUAUUGUUCAAUUCCAGAACACAUCCGUUUGCAUCGUUCAUUGCAAUGCAAUAUCACAUAGCCAUGAUCAUUUUAACCCGCAACAGUCUUCUCAUAAGCGAGAGGGCCAUUCGCCUUUCUGUCGAUGUCAUUGCAAAGGACGAACCAUGGGAGUAUGCCGUGCGGAAUGGGCAGAGCUUAGCCGCUAAUUCAGCGCGCAAGAUCUUGCGUCUAUUCCUGGAAUCAUCGGAGAAUCAAACAUAUCCUGUACUCCCGAGCCUUGCUGGUCCAUUGCAUGCUAUGGGCGCUCUGACUGUGUUCGUGGUGACGCGGCAAAACUCAAGGAUGGCAACCAUGGACCGCGAGCUUUUAAAAGCUGCAGCGCUUGCAGUCAAGGAUGCAAACACCUUGGGCAGAGUGAACAGAGAGCUCGAAUUCGCUCUCAACAAACUAAACUCGUUUGUAACAGCGGCUACAGGAUCUCACAGGCAUAAUCGACCAAGACCAUCGCAGCGACCGGAAGCUGAAAGCUCUGCACUUCCACCAGAGCUCACCAAUAGAGAACAGGUUCCAAUUUCAGCAUGGAAUCCCCUGUGGCAAGCUCCAGAGCAUGGCUCCUCACUGGCUCAGGGUAGUGGAGAGACUUUUAGUGCAAUUCCAACCGGGCAGAUGAGUAACCUUGACAGUCACAACGAUUUGGCCUGUUCAGACUGGUGGAUUGAAGAUAGCUCUCCGAUGAUUAUGGAUGAGCUCGGAUGGAAUUGGGCCAACUUCUCUCAGCUCUUAGACGGCCGGGACAAUGAGCCCCAAAUACAGCUAUGA